AUGGGGAGCCAUGACAGUGUGUUGAGGACAGAUAGCCCCUCCAAGAUCAUCAAGCUGGACACCGUGCGCAUGAUCGCGGAGAAAAACAAGCACGCGCUCUUGGACGUGACGCCGUCAGCGGUCGAACGCCUCAACUACGUGCAGUACUACCCCAUCGUGGUCUUCUGCGCCCCCGAGAGCCGCCCGGCCCUCAAGGCCCUACGCCAGUGGCUGGCGCCCGCCUCCCGCCGCAGCACCCGCCGCCUCUACACGCAAGCCCAGAAGCUACGGAAGCACAGCGAACACCUCUUCACGGCCACAAUCCCCCUGCGUGGCACGAGUGACAGUUGGUACGAGGAGCUCAAGGCCAUCAUCCGCGAGCAGCAGACCCGGCCCAUCUGGACGGCCGAGGACCAGCUGGACAACUCCUCGGAGGACAACCUGGAGCUCCCUCACCGCGGCCUGGCCGACAGCUCUGCAGAUCUGAGCUGUGACAGCCGGGUCAACAGCGACUACGAGACAGAUGGCGAGGGCUACACAGACGGCGAGGGCGGGCCCCACACAGACGUGGACGAGGGUCCCCCGGCGCCAGCUCUGGCCCGGUCCUCGGAGCCCGUGCUCAUGGAUGAGCCCCAGAGCCUGCGGGAUCAUGGGAGAGCCUCCGGUCCCCGAGGGGCCCAGGUAGACAGCCACGCCCACCACGGUCAGUGGCGACAGGACAGCGUGCGGACCUACGGGCGGGAGGCCCUGAAGAAGAAGUUUACACGAGCUCGAGAUAUGGAGUCCUCUGACGAGGACGGCUAUGACUGGGGUCCGGCUACUGACCUGUGACCCCUCCCAGGUGGCCAGCUGACCCAUAUUCCUUUCUCCCCACUGGCGCUGGGACUCGAUUUCCCAUUCAGAACCUAGAACCCCACUUCCUUCUGCCAGUCUUUAAUAAAUAGAGUAUUUUCACAA